UUGCGCAACGUGGCGGUGCAUACAGUUCGUGCACUCCUGUUUGUCACAGGCAAACAGAGCGAAGCGAGAAUUCUACUUCGAGCGAAAAUUGCUCGUAUCUAAGCAAAUCCGACAAAACAUCGAGCAGGAAUUCCCGAAUGCGCUUUCAAGCAUUAUCAUGGAUCCAACUAGAGCAAGUCAAAUAUCAGUACAAUCAUGGGGACAAGUCGAUGGAAAAGAAGUAAAAAUAUUCACUCUGAGAAAUUCGAAAACCCAAGAAGUUGAUAUUAUUUCUUAUGGUGCUACAAUAACUGCUAUACGGACUCCUGACAAAGCUGGUAAAAUUGAUGAUGUGGUUUGUGGUUUUGAUAAUAUCGAAGGAUAUCUAUCAAAAGUUAAUCCGUACUUUGGAGCUACUGUCGGAAGAGUUGCAAACAGAAUUGGAAAAGGCCAAUUCAAAAUAGACGGCACUCAAUAUCAAGUUUCACGAAACAUUGGAAACAAUAGUCUUCAUGGAGGCUUGAAAGGCUGGAACUCCAAGAUUUGGGAGACUUCAAUUGAGAACGAUACUGUGAUCAUGACAUUGCUUAGCAAGGACGGAGACGAAGGUUUUCCCGGCGAUGUAUUGGCUUCUGCGUCUUUCCAAUUAACCGAUGAUGGGAAACUAAUUAUUGAGAUGAAAUCGACAUCGACUAAAGCUACUCCCAUAAACUUGACUAACCACAGCUACUUCAAUUUGGCAGGACAUGGAACUAAUGCUGCAGAAAUUUAUAAACACCAAAUAACUAUGAGUGCUGAUAGAUGGACAGUAACGGAUGCAGAGAGUAUCCCUACUGGAGAAAUUCUUCCAGUAGACAACAGCAUAAUGGAUUUAAGAAAACCAACUAUUCUGGGUGAUGUUAUUAACAAAGUUCCAGGAGGAGGAUUUGAUUACAAUUUUUGUUUACCAGGAUGCUUACAUCCAGAUCAGGAAAAAUUUGUAGCUAAAGUUAUUCACCCAAACAGUGGAAGAACUCUCGAAGUUUUAACUAAUCAACCAGGUGUUCAACUGUAUACUGCAAACUUUUUUCCUGCAGUUGGUGCUGAUCCAAUUGUAGGCAAACAGGGAAAACAAUACUUCAAGCAUGGAGCAUUUUGUUUGGAAACACAGAACUACCCAGAUGCGGUAAACCAUGAAAACUUCCCGAAUAGUAUUUUGAGACCUCAUCAUUUAUAUUACCAUAUUGUAACAUACAAAUUUGGCGUUCAAGCUUGAAAUUCCAAUUUUACAGUGUAACACAAGUUUGAAAAUAGAACUUGUGGCAUUUAUCAUUUUCUUUUCAUGUAAUAUGUAAUAAUAUACUUCAAAUAUUUAAUGAGUUUCUUAUUCAAUCUCUAUUAAUAAAAGUUUACA